AAGAGCGUCUGUCAUUGUUUCCUGAGGUGUUUUGACACAAAGAAACAAACGCAGUACGCACUGAAAAUUUAAAAUCUCAUUGUCGUGAUGAAUCACUGUCGAUUAUACUUAGUAUCUAGUAGUCACUGGAAGCUGUCAGUAAAGUAAUAAAAAUAUUAUUAUCAAAAAUCAAGUAAAUUUCAUAAUUUACAAGUGGAGCUCAAAAUUUUGGAAAAUGUGGAAGCCUUUAGAGCCUGGAAGUUCUCCUGUAGAUUGGUGUGAAGGAAAUUACAGCAUAUCACCAGAUAUAGCAGAAUUUAUGAAUACUUUUAGCAAUGUCGUCUUUUUAUUACUUCCACCAGUACUGAUGCAUUUAUUCAAGGACUAUGGAAGAUUUGUUAAUCCAGCUAUACAUAUUAUUUGGUUCUUGUUGAUGGUUGUUGGACUUAGCAGCGCAUAUUUUCAUGCAACAUUAUCUCUAAUAGGCCAAUUAUUGGAUGAAUUAGCAAUUUUAUGGGUUUAUAUGGCUGGAUUAUGUUUAUUUUUCCCCCGAAGAUAUUUUCCAAACGUCUUCAGGAAUAACAGAAAACUAUUUUCUAUGUUCGUUGUUUUGCCAACAUUGAUAGCUACUGGUUUAGCUAUUGUACAUCCAGUAGCAAACGCAUUUGCUUUGAUGUGUCUAGCUAUUCCAGCAUUUGGUUUUAUGAUUAUUGAACUCAGGAGAACAAAAUCAAUGAGAGUCUAUCGAUUGGGUGUAAGAUGUGGGGCUGUUUGGGUACUAGCAGUGGCUUGUUGGCUAAAUGAUCGUUUGUUUUGCGACACUUGGAUGAAUUUAAAUUUUCCAUAUCUUCAUGCCCUCUGGCAUUUAUUAAUUUUUAUCGCUAGCUACACAGCAGCAGUUUUAUUUGCAUAUUUUGCUGUAGCAGAAGAGAAACCUCAGCAAUCAGCAGUACUGAAGUAUUGGCCAAAAAAUGAUUUUGAACUUGGAAUUCCUUAUGUAACAAUUAAAUGUUACAUUCGGGCAGAUAAUAAUACAAAUAUAUAAACUAUAAUUUUUUAUUAACAGAGAAUGAUUCAUAGUGUCAAUACCAUGUCUUGUAAACAUUUUAAUCCUAAAAUAUUAAGUCUGUGAUUUAAUUUCUAAUCAACGUUAUUCACAGAUACAUUUAUACUAUGUUUAAUUGACUUAUCAUAAAUAUUAAUGAAUUUUUUAUAUUAGAAAUUUUCUAUAAUUUCUAUGAGUAAAUUUAUUUUAUAUUAUUAAUUAAUAGAAAGUGAUGUUAUUGAUUUAUUGAAAUGUGCGAAGAUAUAUGAUAAAGUCUGUA